AUGGGAGAGAGAUCUUCCUCAGCAGCCCGGACGCCGGCCAAGACCCCUUCGACACUCAAGCGCCAGCCAUCGUCAUCGGCCGGAACCCAAAAGACCAUUGUUCAGUUCUUCUCUAAAUCUGCCAGUGUCUCUCGCUCAACUCCAAAGCCCACGCCUCGGGCUCCCGACUCGUCUCCCUGCUUGAGAGAGUCGACACGAACAAACACGCUUCCCAGGGCUACACAAGCUCCAAAUAUAACCCCUGUGCCGAGUAGCGAUGUCAUUGAGCCUACAAGCUCCCAGGAGAACUUGAGUGCUUCGACAACCAAGGUAGCUGAUGACUCCUUGCCAUCACCGUCUACUCCAGCUGAGCAUGUCACUACCCAGGCCAACGGUACCAAGCUGCCUCUGCCGUCGUCAAGCCCAACCCGCAAGUCCAGGAAGCCUGUCAACUAUGCCGAGCCCUCCGACGAUGAGGAUGACGACCCAUUCGUUCGACUCCGAACCGCAAGCACACGCCGCCGCACAAGGACACCGGCCGCCAUUGUGGAUGAUGGCGAUGACUACGAGGACGCUGCAAGCAAUGACAUGCCCGAAGCCGAUGAUGACAUGAUUGAUUUCGUCGUUAGCGAUGAGUCGGAUGAAGGCUCGCAAUCCAAAAAGCGGAAACGUCGCGAACCAACCAAGGCAGCGUCACGAAAGAAAUCACAUGUCUCAUCUCCCGUCAAGGAACAAGAGUACGAAGAAGUAGACGACGAGGCCAUGCUGGAUGUUCCGAUCCCUUCAACCGCUCAACAGUGGCGUUACGAUCCUGAAAGCGUUGCGUCAGCUGCUCCCCGCACCGCUGCUCCCCAGCCAGCCCGUCGUGUUGGUAAGACGAAAGAGAAGGCGCAUACCAGGGAGCCGGAGGACAGGUACCCCUGGCUCGCCAACAUCGUGGACAUGAACAAAAAGCCUCGAGGGGACCCUGACCACGAUCCCUCAUCGGUGUAUAUCCCACCUGGAGCAUGGAACAAGUUUUCCCCGUUUGAGAAGCAAUACUGGGAGAUCAAGCAAAAGCUAUGGGAUACAGUCGUUUUCUUCAAAAAGGGCAAAUUCUACGAGCUCUACGAGAACGAUGCCACUAUUGGUCACCAGCUCUUCGACCUGAAGCUAACGGACCGUGUUAAUAUGCGCAUGGUCGGUGUUCCGGAGAGCUCACUUGAAAUGUGGGUAAACCAGUUUGUCGCCAAGGGCUACAAGGUCGCCAGGGUUGAUCAGAUGGAGUCUGCGCUCGGGAAAGAGAUGCGGGAGAGAGACGACGCUUCGGCCAAGAGCAAGAAAGCCGACAAAAUCAUCCGCCGAGAAUUGGCCUGCAUCUUGACAGGCGGUACCCUCGUCGAUGGAAGCAUGUUGCAGGACGACCUGGCCACGUACUGCGCCUCCAUCAAGGAGUCCACAGUUGACGGUCAACCCGCAUUUGGCAUCACAUUUGUUGAUUGCGCAACAGGCCAAUUCUCCGUCACAGAGUUUGAAGAUGAUGCUGAUCUCACCAAGUUCGAGACAUUUGUUGCUCAGACAAGUCCAAGAGAACUGAUUCUGGAAAAGUCUCGGAUCUCGACCAAGGCUCUCCGGAUUCUCAAGAACAAUACAUCCCCAAUGACUAUCUGGAACUACCUCAAGUCUGGCAGCGAAUUCUGGGACGCAGAAACCACUCGCCGCGAACUUGACAGCAGCAAUUACUUCGCCAAGGAAGAUGGCCGAGCGGAAGUCUGGCCCGAGACUCUGCUUAAGGCCAAGGACAAAGACUUACUCAUGUCUGCCCUUGGCGCUCUAGUCCAGUAUCUCAGGAUUUUGAAACUAGAAGGAGAUCUACUAUCGCAGGGCAGUUUCGAUUGGUACACUCCUAUCCGCCGCAACGGAACGCUUAUCCUCGACGGUCAGACUUUGAUCAACCUGGAGAUUUUCGCCAACACGGUCAACGGUGGGCAAGAUGGCACCCUUUUCACACUUCUGAAUCGCUGUGUCACCCCGUUCGGCAAGAGGCUGUUCCGCCAAUGGGUGUGCCACCCUCUUUGUGAUAUCAAGCGGAUCAACGAACGCCUGGAUGCUGUAGAUAUGCUCAACUCCGACAGGGGCAUGCGAGAGAAGUUUACGUCCCAAAUGACAAAGAUGCCCGACUUGGAACGCCUCAUCUCCAGAAUCCACGCAGCUUCCUGCAAACCAGAAGAUUUCGUGCGCGUGUUGGAAGGGUUUGAACAGAUCGAAUACACCAUGGAGUUGCUUGGGGAGGUUGGUGGCGGCAAUGGCCUGGUUGAACGUCUUUUAGCCUCCAUGCCGAAUCUCAGUGACCCUUUGUCUUACUGGAAGACCGCGUUUGAUCGAAAGAAGGCGAAGGACGAUAAGCUACUCAUUCCUGAACGCGGCAUUGAAGAAGACUUUGACAACAGUCAAGAUCGGAUCGAAGCCAUCAAGGAAGAGCUGCAGACUCUUCUCGCGAAGCAAAAAUCGGAGCUGAAGUGUAAGGCGCUGAAAUUCACCGACGUCGGUAAGGAGAUUUACCAAAUCGAGGCUCCCAAGGCCGUCAAGGUACCGAGAGACUGGCGUCAGAUGUCCGCGACCGCAAGUGUCAAGCGAUACUACUUUGAGGAGCUCACAGACUUGGUCAGGGAGCUGCAAGAAGCGGAAGAGACUCAUUCCCAGAUUGUCAAAGAGGUAGCCGCACGAUUCUUCCACCGUUUCGAUGCCGACUACGAGACGUGGUCGCAGUCAAUCAGGAUCAUCUCACAACUUGACUGCCUCAUCAGUCUCGCCAAGGCCUCGUCUUCUCUGGGCGAACCCAGCUGUCGCCCUGAAUUCGUCGACCAGGAACGCAGCGUUGUCGAAUUUUCUGAGCUCCGUCAUCCGUGCAUGUUGAAUGCAGUGGCCGACUUCAUCCCCAACGAUAUCGAACUCGGCGGUGAUUCGCCAAACAUUAACCUGUUGACAGGCGCCAAUGCCGCGGGCAAGUCAACCGUACUGAGGAUGUCUUGCAUUGCUGUUAUCAUGGCCCAAAUUGGAUGUUACGUCCCGGCUACGUCCGCUCGACUCACCCCGGUUGACCGAAUCAUGUCACGACUGGGUGCCAACGACAAUAUCUUUGCCUCUCAAUCGACAUUCUUCGUGGAGCUGUCAGAAACGAAGAAGAUUCUGUCAGAGGCAACGCCGCGCUCUCUGGUGAUCCUGGACGAACUUGGACGUGGAACCAGUUCCUAUGACGGAGUUGCAGUCGCGCAGGCUGUUCUGCACCACAUAGCCACACACGUGGGCUGUGUCGGCUUCUUUGCGACGCACUACCACUCCCUGGCGACUGAAUUCGAGAAUCAUACCGAGAUUCGGCCGCGCCGCAUGCAGAUCCACGUCGACGAAGAAGAGAGGCGCAUCACGUUCCUGUACAAGCUGGAAGACGGCAUUGCUGAGGGCAGCUUCGGAAUGCACUGUGCGGCCAUGUGCGGCAUCUCCAGCCGUGUUAUUGAGCGUGCCGAAGUAGCAGCCAAGGAAUGGGAGCACACCAGCAGACUCAAGGAAAGCUUGGAAAAGGCCAAGUCAGGAUGCUAUAUCCCUCUCGGUGUGCUGAGCGACGUGUCGUCCAUGCUGAAGGGCGGUGAUGAGAUGGAGAAGAGGGGUGUCGAGGUGUUGUUGAGAACAAUUGAGGCGCUGUAA